AGAAGGUAAGGUGUCACGAAGGUCAAAAUCAUUCGGCGCCAUUUAGGCAUAGCUAUCACUCCAAAUUCUAAAAAUUUGGCGCCAAUUCUGCAUUUGCUAUUUAUACCGAUUCGGCAUUCGCGCUUAGCAAUUAGCAUUCUCUCUCCGAAUCUGAAAAAAUGCAACGCCAGCAGUCGAUCCUCUCCUUCUUCCGAAAACCCUCGCUGGGAAACCAGAGCUCCGGAGGCGGAGACGCACUAGACGGCCGCCGAGUUUCUCAGUUUCCGGCGACGCAACAGGAUCAAAAGGCCGUCAUUCCCAAUCAGACAACCACACCCGAAGUAACGGGAACCGACACUCCGCCGGAGAAGGUGCCGCGUCAGAUUUUGACGGCAAAUGUGGGGAACUUGAAAGACUCUUCUCCCUUCUCCAGUAUUAUGCACAAGUUUAUGAAGGUUGAUGACAGACAAACGGCUUCUCAGAGCCAGAGGAGUCAAUCAAAUGGUGGUUUCUCUUAUGGUUCUACUGCAUCUGGUAAACCUAAUGAGCCUCAAGGGUUGUGUAAACCAGCAGUGGCCUCUCAACACACUCUAUUUAAGAACAACAUUACCAAUUCCCAUAAAAAAGUUGAUCAAGGUUCUGUUGUGCAUAUUGAAUGUGAUGACGACGUUGCUGGACCAGAAACACCGGGAACACAACGUCUGGUUCCCCGUAUGAAACGAAUUCUGGAGGAUAUUCCCAAGUUUGGGGAUAAGCUUGAGAGUUCAUUGCUGAACUCUAGCAAAAGAGUGAAACUUCUUCAGGAGCCAGCAACCUUAGACAAGAGUCAUGGGGAAGUAUCUGAUAUGGCUAGCAAGUUUGAGUGGCUUGACCGAUCCCAAAUCAGGGAUGCAAAUAGAAGAAGGCCUGAUGAUCCUCUCUAUGACAAAACAACGCUCUAUAUACCACCUGAUGCUUUGAAGAAAAUGUCAGCAUCACAAAGACAAUAUUGGGAUGUCAAGUGUCAAUAUAUGGAUGUUGUGCUUUUCUUCAAAGUGGGAAAAUUUUAUGAGCUUUAUGAACUAGAUGCUGAAAUUGGCCAUAAGGAGCUUGAUUGGAAAAUGACCUUAAGUGGUGUGGGCAAAUGUCGGCAGGUUGGUAUCUCUGAAAGUGGGAUUGAUGAUGCUGUUGAAAAGCUGGUUGUGCGUGGCUAUAAAGUUGGGCGGAUAGAGCAGCUGGAGACUUCUGGUCAAACAAAAGCCAGGGGUGCAAAGUCUGUGAUUCCGAGAAAAUUGGUUCAGGUAGUCACACCAUCAACCACAACUGACGGAAAUAUUGGCCCUGAUGCUGUUCAUCUUCUUGCAAUAAAAGAGGGAAACACCGUGGUGGAGAAAGGUACUGUUGUGUAUGGGUUUGCUUUUGUGGAUUGUGCUGCUUUAAAAUUCUGGAUUGGUGCCAUCACUGAUGAUGCUUCCUGUGCUGCUUUGGGGGCUUUAUUGAUGCAAGUGUCACCUAAAGAAGUUAUAUAUGAAAGCAGAGGGCUGUCAAAAGAAGCUCAAAAAGCUCUGAAAAAGUACUCAACAGGUUCUGCUGCAAUGCAAUUGACUGCAGUACAGUCAAUCAGUGAUUCUGUAGACGCUUCUGAAGUUAAAAAUUUAAUUCAGUUGAAAGGAUACUUCAAAGCAUCUUCUAAAUCAUGGAAUCAUGGACUUGACAGUGUGAUAGACCAUGAAAUCACCUUGUCUGCUCUUGGUGCACUUAUUGGCCAUCUAUCCAGGGUGAUGUUAGAUGAUGUUUUACGGAAUGGAGAUAUAUUUCCUUACCAAGUUUAUAAGGGUUGCCUCAAAAUGGAUGGACAGACUCUUGUAAAUCUGGAGAUUUUCAGUAAUAGUGCUGAUGGUGGUCCAUCAGGUACACUGUACACAUAUCUCGAUAACUGUGUGACAUCAUCCGGGAAGCGGCUUUUACGGAAGUGGCUCUGCCAUCCGUUGAAAUCUGUUGAGUCCAUUAAUAAUAGGCUUAAUGUAGUUGAAGAUCUACUGGCACAUUCAGAAAUGAUACCACUUAUUGCUCAAUAUCUUCGCAAGCUCCCAGACUUAGAAAGGUUGCUCGGACGGAUUAGGGCAAGUGUUCAGUCGUCAGCUUCUCUCCUACUGCCCUUGUUUGGCAAAAAAGUAUUAAAACAGAGAGUGAAAGCGUUCGGAACUCUUGUGAAAGGCCUCAGAUUUGGAAUGGAUUUGUUAAAGCUAUUACAGAAUGAAGGGCAUAUCAUUGAACCACUAUCAAAAGUAUUUACAGUUCCAAUUCUAAGCGGCAGUGAUGGGCUUGAUCAAUAUCUUAGCCAAUUUGAAGCAGCUGUAGAUAGUGACUUCCCAAAUUACCAGAAUCACGACGCAACUGAUUCGGAUGCCGAAACACUCUCCAUUCUGAUUGAGCUAUUUCUUGAGAAAGCAACCAAAUGGUCUGAUGCCAUACAUGCCAUCAACUGUAUUGAUGUACUAAGAUCUUUUGCAGUUACUGCAAGUUUUCCAAGUGGGGCUAUGUCCAGACCUGUUAUUUUGCCUCAAUCAAAAAAUAUGACUUUGAAUGAAGAGAACAGAAGUCCCACACUUAAUAUUAAAGGACUGUGGCAUCCAUUUGCUCUUGGGGAAAAUGGAGGACUGCCUGUCCCAAAUGACAUAGUCCUAGGUGAGGAUAGAGAUGGCUAUCAUCCACGCACUUUACUAUUGACUGGACCAAAUAUGGGUGGGAAAUCAACUCUUCUUCGCGCCACAUGUCUGGCUGUUAUACUAGCCCAGUUGGGCUGUUAUGUUCCCUGUGAGAUAUGUGUUCUCUCACUUGUGGAUAUCGUCUUCACACGGCUUGGUGCCACUGACCGUAUCAUGACCGGCGAGAGUACGUUCUUUGUGGAAUGCACAGAAACAGCAUCAGUUCUUCAACAUGCCACUCAAGAUUCCUUGGUUAUUCUUGAUGAACUGGGUCGCGGUACAAGCACCUUUGACGGAUAUGCCAUCGCAUAUGCUGUAUUUCGCCACCUUGUCGAAAAGAUUAACUGCAGAUUAUUAUUUGCAACUCACUAUCACCCGCUAACGAAGGAAUUUGCUUCUCACCCUCAUGUUACAUUGCAACACAUGUCCUGUGCUUUUAGGUCAAAAUCUGAAUGCCCUUCUAGAAGAGACCAAGAGCUGGUGUUUCUCUAUCGCCUGACCUCUGGGGCUUGUCCAGAGAGUUAUGGAUUGCAAGUAGCGAUGAUGGCCAGGAUCCCCGAGCAGGUGGUUGAAGCCGCUUCCAAGGCUGGCCAAGUGAUGAAAAAAUCAAUUGGACGAAGUUUUAAGACGAGCGAACAGCGAUCGGAGUUCUCAACUCUCCAUGAAGGCUGGCUGAAAACCCUUUUAACUGCCUCACAGACUGGUAAUUUUGACGACGAAGAUUGUUUUGAUGUAUUGUUUUGUAUGCAGCAUGAGCUUAAGAACUCAUAUAGAUCAGGCAACUAACAGAAAGGCAUGAUGAGAUUGAUAGAUUGCAGUGUAAAAUUUUUUCAGUUUUGACGUCUUUAGCAUGUAACCUUAUUCUAGGAAAGGGGUAGCUGGCUAACUCCAUAUGCCAUGUGAAGCGUAAAUUAGCCACUCCAGUAAAUUUGUAAUUUGGUUGUUGGUGCUACAGAGAUUUGACACUGCUUGUCUUGAGUCUUGACGACGGCGUUUUUGAUCUUA